CGGCGGCGCGCGGGCUGCUGUGGGUGGGGGGUUACUCUGGGGUGGAAGGGCAUGGCAUGGGCGGCGAUUUGCAGAGACAUGGCGGAGAGACUCGGGUGGACGGGGGUGGCGAUUUGCAGAGACAUGACGAUUUGCAGAACAGGCGUGGUGCAACGGACAUGGGCGACAACAGAGGCGUCGACAGAGGCGUGGACGGGCGUGGCAGUGCAAGCGACCAGCAAAAGAACAGACAUAGGGAGACUGACCGUGCCAGUCCAUAUCCCGCACAUCGCGCCAUUCCACAUCACGACCAGGCCGAGACUGACCGUGCCCCACAUCCCCCAUAUCACCAGGAGACUGCAGAUGCCCUCUGCGUUCGCUGGGAGCCCGUCGCGACGGGGGGGGGGGUGCCGGCUACCAACGGCCGGUUCGCUGGGCGGACAGGCAGCAAGAGGUAGUAGACACGGGCGGGGGGUGGCAGCAAGACGGCGGGCAGCAAGAGGUGGACAUGACGGGCGGGGGCUGGCAGGGGGUGGACAUGACGGGC